AAGAAGGAAAGCCGAAGAAGAUAGACAGAAGCAUAGAACACAGUGAUUAAGGUAUUAAAAAUGGUGGACGGAUCUCCUGAUACCCCCUCAAAGUCACUGAAGAGGGGGUCGAGCUCGGUGGACGUAUGGGCGGUGCAAUGCGGGCAGUGCUUCAAAUGGAGAACAGUGGAGACGGUGGAAGAGUACGAGGAGAUCCGCCGGAAUUUCACGGAGGAUCCGUUCGUGUGCAGCAAGAAGGCGGAGUGCUCCUGCGAAGAUCCGGCGGACAUUGCGUACGAUUCGUCGCGGACAUGGGUGAUCGACAAGCCGGAUCUCCCCAAAACCCCCGACGGGUUCGUGAAGGUGAUGACGAUGAGGAAGGAUUACAGCAAAAUGGAUAUCCAUUACAACACCCCGAACCGGAAGAGGCUCCGAUCCACAGUCCAAGUCGCCAGUUUUCUCAAGGAGAACCCGGAGUAUGCCCAUUUGUCUGUCAAUGAUUUCAGCUUCAAGACCCCUAAGGUGAUGGAGGACACCAUCCCUUCAUCUGCUGCUCCUAAGAAGCUUUCUGGUUGAGGAGGCUUCACCCGAAUAACCAGAUUUACACUUUCCAGGCGUUCUUCUUAUUAUUAUCAACCCUAAUUCACCCCUUUUUUCAGUUGUUACUUAGGCGGGUUUAUCUCACCACAGAGUGAGUAAUCAACUGCCUGCUAGCUAGGGCUUAGGAGUUGUUUGGUGCAUAUGUAACUUUGCAAGAACGAGUUCUGUCUCUAACUCAAUCACAACCCCAAUUUCUGUUUUUUUCUUUUUGGCAUUUUGAUUUGCUUCCAUUGCAUUCCACUAUUAGGAGUAUUUGCCAAGAUCAGUAUGAAAAUGGAAACCCAAGUUAUAUAGUAUUAGUCUCCAUCUCAAAGUUAUGUUCUUGUUCACAUUUCAUACGGUUAACUUUAAUCUAUCUUAAUUUCUGAUUUUGUGUAUCAAACUCUUGAGUUCUUUUCUUUAUGGUUCAAUAGAACUUUAUUGUCAAAGUGUAAUUUCUAAAUAUUCAAAUUUUAA